UGUGUGAGAACAGAGCAGAACAUUUCAAGUCGAGUUAUUGUCGGCUAUUAUACCGCGUAGCACGUGGUAGAGCUGAUUUCGUUUAAUUAAAGCUGGUUUAUCGUUAAAAAACAAAUUAAAAAAUGGGUCGCAGAAAGAAGGGACGUUGUGUAAAGAAUAAUAAAAAAACGGAAGAUGUCGAGGAUGUAUCACUUGUGACAGCACCGCAUUCAUUUGUUAUUCACAGAGGUUUAUCUACCGAACAUGUUGUUGAACUUACGAAAGAUUUUCGUAGAGUUAUGGAACCCUUCACGGCCACCGAUUUGAAGGAAAGAAAGAGAAACUUUCUCAAAGAUUUUGUGCAAGUAGCUGGCCCUUUGCAUGUUUCACACAUUGUUAUUUUCUCUUGUACUGAACGAGGAAUGUAUCUCAAAUUUGGAAGGAUGCCUAGAGGACCCACGCUUUCAUUCAAAGUCAAUGAUUUCACGUUGGCACGAGAUGUGAUUUCAUCAAUGAAAAAGCAAAUGGUAUUUACAGAGGCUUUCAAACAUUCACCUUUAGUUAUUUUAAAUCAAUUCUCUGGAGAAGGAUUGCAAUUCAAAUUGAUGGCAAGCAUGUUCCAAAACAUGUUUCCAGCUAUCAACUUGGCUACUAUAAAUUUAAGUAAUCUCAGAAGAUGUAUCUGUCUAAGUUAUAACAAAGAUGAUAAAACUAUAGAUUUUAGGCAUUACGCUAUCAAGGUAGUGCCUGUUGGUUUAACAAAAAGUGUUAAGAAGCUAGUCCAAGCAAAAAUACCAAAUCUUGGCAAAUGCAAAGAUUUUGAGGACUUUGUAAAAAAGCCUGCUGUUUCAGACAGUGAAGCUGAAGAUGAUCCUGAUCAUCAUGUUAUAUUGCCACAAAAAUUAUCUUCCAGAGGAUGUAACGAAGACAGUAAAAGUGCCAUACGUUUGUAUGAAAUUGGACCAAGAAUCAAUAUGUCAUUAAUAAAAGUAGAAGAUGGACUUUUGGAAGGUCAAGUACUAUUCCAUGAAUUUAUCCAUAAGACAGACGAAGAAGUUGCAGCACUAGAAAAGGCACGAGCCAAAAAACGUAAAGCAAAGGCACUAGCCACAAAGAAACAAGAAGAAAAUAAGAAGAACAAAGAACUUAAGAAAGAAGAGCACAAAAAUAAAUCAUUGGAGGGCAUGAAGAGGAAAAAGAAGGAAAGUGAAAUUCUUCUGCAGAAGUAUGCUAAAGAAUCUGAAAAAGUUCAUGAAUCUGAUGAGGACGAUGAUGCUCAGUAUUAUGAGGAAGAAGUUGGAGAGAAACCAGACAGAGAUCUCUUCACAAAGAAACCUAAAAGGAUGAAGUUUUCAAAGGAUGCAAAAAAAUAAAUUGAAUUUUUAUUAAAAAAUAGUGUCUUGUAAAUUAGGUUGUACAAAAACAAUUAAAUAUUAUUUUUAAUACAUUAUAACUACGAACUACAACUUCAAUUUUUAAAUAAUUCAAAUGAAAACAUUUUUCCCAAUGAAUGGUGCAAGUAACUGCAUAGCUUACAUUUAUAUGCAGAGACAACAUUUUAUAACAAUUAUCACAUAAGGCGAA